AUGGCUGACUCCGUAGAGAGAAUUAUUCUACAAAGCGAUUGGGAACACUCCUUGAGUGAAAGCUGUGGUAAAGCAUGGAUAACAUACAAAAAAGGAGAUAGACCUGGAAGACAUGGAGAGUUAGAAUCAAACGGUUUGUCUUCAGAGGGUUUGCCUUACGUUGUUAGUUCUGAUGGUUUUUCUGUUGAUAAAGUGGAUAAGAAAAGAAUAUCAGUAACAUAUGCUAAAAAUGAUGUAAAAUUAACAAGAAAAUUUAAUGCUGCUCAAAUAACCUACUCUACCAUACAUAAUUUAAAGAAAAAGGUGUUAUCAUUAGAUGUAACAACAGGUGGUUUAGGGGUAUCAAGUGAUAGUGAAGGAUUACUUCGAGUGUGGGAAACUAGAACUGGGGAAGUUAGAAGAGAAUUGACCGGUCACUAUGGUGAUGUAUAUUGCUGUAGAUUUUUUCCAUCUGGUAUUGUUAUUCUAUCAGGUGGUGCAGACAUGCAACUUAAAAUUUGGUCAGCUGAAACUGGUCAGUGUGCUACUACAUUACUUGGUCACAAAGGAGGUAUAUUAGACACAGCUAUAAUAGAUAGAGGAAGAAAUGUACUGUCCUGUUCCAGAGAUGGCAGUGUUAAACUAUGGGACGUAGGACAACAAUCCUGUUUAACAUCAUUUAAUGAAUGUGGUGGUAUAGUUAAUUCAUGUUGUAUUGGUCAACCAGAUAAUUUAUAUAAUCUUGGUAUACCAGAUUUACCUACAGGAGAAAGAGAAAUUGGUACAGAAGGUAAAAUGUUAUUAGUAGCAUGUGAAAACAGUAUGUUACAAGGCUAUGGGUUACAAAGUCGAAAAAAGGUAUUUGAAUUAGAUUGCCACAGUGCUGUAAACUGUUGUUGUUUUCUGUCCAAUAUUAAUGUUGUAUGUGGAACACAAGAUGGUCACAUAACAAUAUCAGAUAUGAGAAAUAUGAGUGUACCUUUAAAAGAAUGGAAAGAAUCUCGCUCAGCCAUAUUAUCAUUAUUACCUUAUAAACAAGGUGUCUUCAUUGCAACUGGUGAUGGAUCAUGUUAUUAUGUUAAUGAACAAUAUGAUACAGAAGUUGAACUAACAGGAUCUGAUUGUGAUCCUAUUUACAAUACAUCUUGUGAUGAUAAUCAUAUAUAUACAGCUUGUCGUGAUGGCAAUAUAAGACGUUAUAAUUUGAAUCAUUUAUAAUAAUUUUGUUACUAUCAUGUUCUAUUUUGAAAAAUAAAUAUGACAUGUGAAUGAAGAUAGUAUAUGUGGCUUCGUGAAGUCUGUCUGAGAUGAAUUGAAAGGUCAAGCUUUCAUAUUUGAAGUUGUCAGGUGUAGAUAUAAUUGAUGGAUAUGGAGGAGCUUCAACAGACAUUAAUUCAUAUAUAUCACUUUUGAAAAAACAUGGUUUUAUUUUUGAACAGGAUAUGAAAAUGAAACCAGGGAUGUAAUUGUUUUAAAUCUUCUCUAAGAAGUAUGUGAUAGUUAGUUUGUUAUGAUUUUGUGAUAAUAAAAUGAUACAAAUAU